AUGACGACAAUAGAUGCAUGGUUUCACGGCUUGCCACCGUUCACAAAAUACUAUUUCUGCUCUGCAAUGGUUUCAGCUACACUCACAACCUUCGAAAUUAUUUCUCCUUACAGUUUGAAUUUUGUGUUAACACGUGUACUUAACAAUCUUGAAGCAUGAAGAAUUCUCACGACGUUUAUAUUUUUUGGGUCUUUUAGCUUCGGAUUUAUCAUUUCUUUAGCAAUAUUAGUCAGGUUUACAAGGGCAUUAGAAACUCAUCCGACUUAUAAUCAAGAUUUCGCCUCUUUUAUCUGGGCUAUUCUGAUGAUGGCUACCAUAAUGCUAUUUUUUUCACUAUUUACUAAUGUUACCUUUUUAGGAUCAGGAUUGCUUUUUGCGUUACUCUAUGUUUGAAGCAAACUUGAUCCUCAGCAAAUUGUCCCAUUUUAUGGAGGAUUUGUUGUAAAAGCAUACCAAUUUCCUUUUGUCUUGCUAGGAAUUAGAGUUUUGAUGGGAGGCAAUAUUAUGGAUGAUUUAAUUGGUCUGCUUGCAGGGCAUAUCUAUUAUAUGUUGAAAGAACAGAUUCCUCAAGAAUAUGGAUAUGAUUUAGCUAAAACUCCUGAUUUCUUCAGAAGAUUAAUUCUGCAGCCAGGUGCUCCACGUCAGCAGCAAGCUUAUCAAGGUCGUGGAUUUAGGUUAGGUUAA